AUGGAUCUUGACCUUGCGUUAAUAGAUGAUUCCACCUCACUUCUUACAGAUCAGAAUACCUCUGAUGAAAAGAGGGAUAAGAAAAGAUGGGAAAGAUCAAAUCGCUUGUGUCUGAUGAUCAUUAAAAAGGCCGUUCUAGAAGGAUUCAGAGAAACAAUGUCAGAAACGACAGUAACCGCUAAAGAAUUCCUUCAGGACAUUAAAAAAUUGUUUGUCAUGAACGAAAAGACUGAAAUUAGUACGCUCUUGACACGUCUAGUUUCAAUGAAAUAUAGUGGUGAAAUUCCAGAAGAGAUCAAUAAUCUACAUUUCUUGGAAUAUUUAUACCUUCACGAUAACCAGAUUAUGGGCUCUAUACCGGCUAACAUAUUCAAUAUCUCAUCCUUAAGGGUUAUUUCUUUGAAAGUUAAGAAACUAAAUGGCACCAUUCCAGAAAAUAUGUGCCAUAGGCUUCCAAACCUUGAAGGGCUUUACCUAUAUGGAAACCUAUUGCAUGGACAAAUGCCAACAGGUUUACUUGAAUGCUUGGCACUUCAAGAGUUUACUUUAGAAGAAAAUGAACUCACUGGAACCAUUCCAAGAGCAAUUGGGAACCUGACAUUUCUCACGAGAAUCUACCUUGGGCAUAAUAAGUUCACAGGCAAAAUAUCACAAGGUAGGCAAUCUAGCAAGCUAGAAGAUUUUAGCUUGAUAGUCAACAGCAUAACUGGUCCAAUACCAGUUGAAAUAUUCAAUAUCUCAACUCUGGUAAUUCUUUCAUUGGUGGGAAAUCAUCUCUCUGGAAAUCUUCCAUCAAGCAUGGGUAGUCGAUUACCCAAUUUGGAAACUGUCUACCUGAGCCUUAAUGACCUUGAUGGAGUGAUAGCACCCUCCAUAUCAAAUGCUUCAAAACUAGCUUACUUAAACUUAUCUAAUAACAAAUUCAGUGGCUUGAUUUCCAUGUCGCUUGGAGGUCUAAAGCAUCUGAAAAAAUUGGAUUUCAUGGUGAAUAAUCUUACAAGUGAACCUUCAUCUUCUGAGUUGAGCUUCAUCGCUUCCCUAACAAAUUGCAAAAAUCUAACAAGAUUGGGUAUGAAUGAUAAUCCUUUGAAUGGUAGUCUUCCCUUAUCUAUUGGAAAUCUUUCAGCCUCUUUAGAAAGAAUUUAUGCAUACAACUGUGAAAUUAGGGGAAAUAUUCCACAAGGACUUGAAAAUUUGAGCAGCUUAGUGAUAUUGACUCUGUCCAAAAAUCGCUUGACUAGAUGUUUUGCAACAUCAAUUGAAGGUUUUCAAGACCUCCAAGGUAUAUCUCUCAAUGAAAACCUUUUGACUGGAACCGCUUCAGAAGAUAUUUGCACCUCGAAGAGCUUGUACAAUUUGUAUUUGCACAAAAACCAAAUUUUUGGUUCACUUCCUUCAUGUACAGGUAACAUGACUUCUUUGAGAUAUCUCAGCAUUGCCGAAAACUCAUUGAACUCCAGCAUACCAACUACUGUCUUCCAACUUCUUCAGUGA